GCAGCAGCGGCGGCGGCGCCGGAGUCCCGUCUCUGGCCAUCCCCGGCCGUCUUGCGCCUCCGGCCGGGGAUGCUCUCUCGGGCCGGCGGGGACGGCCGGCUCCCCGCCCCGCUGCUCCUCUGCUGGCUGCUGCUGUUGUCGAGGCUGAGCGGGGCGGCCGGGGCGCCCACGGAGCUGCGGGUGCGAGUUCGGCUCCCCGACGGGCAGGUGACGGAGGAGAGCCUGCAGGCGGACAGUGGCGCCGACAGCGUCAGCCUGGAGCUCCGCAAGAGCGACGGGACCCUCGUUACUCUGGCCGCCGACUUCAAGCAGGAGGUGAAGAUAUUCCGAGCUCUGAUCCUUGGGGAACUGGAAAGGGGACAGAGCCAAUUCCAAGCUCUUUGCUUCGUCACCCGGUUGCAUCGCAACGAAAUCAUUCCCAGCGAAUCCAUGGCCAAAUUACGACAGAAAAACCCACAGACGGUGCGGCAGGCAGAGGAGAUCCGCGCACUCGAACACUUGAGCAUGGAUGUGACUGUCAAUUUCAGCAAAGGGGCCCAGCUUAGCUCUCACAUCUACAACAUCUGUUCAGAGGCCAAGGAGACCAUCUACAGUCGAGAAGAAGAUGUGAAGUUCUGGAUGGAGAAAGGGGUGGACGGCUCCAUGUUUGAGGUCCUGCCUCAGUCUGCAGACCUACCUGAUCUGCAACACUGCCGGGCCUGCGCAGAUCGCUGGAAACCUUGCAUCUGCAGCUACGCCUUGAACAUCGAAUGGUAUCCCUGCAUGCUGAAGUAUUGCAAGAGCCGAGAUUCGGCUGGAAAGACAACCUCUUACAAGUGUGGCAUCCGCAGCUGCCAGAAGGCCUACAGUUUUGAUUACUACGUGCCCCAGAAGCAGCUCUGCCUUUGGGAUGAAGACACUUAGCAGGACAGACGAGCAGCCAUCUUGUUUUGGGGGCUGGGAGAACUUCACCUCGACUUUCCUUCCUGGAGCUCUGGACAGGACUACCAAGGUGGCCACUUGGGACUGAAAGGAGGGAGGGGAAGGGCAUGGAGGGAGGGAAGGAGGGAGAACCCCCAUGAGAUGCCUCCUAAGAAGGUUUUGGAAGGAGUCUCUUCCUCUUCGCCUAUAGAAGGAGGCACCUUCAGAUUUACAGGCAGAGACCACAAUCAAUGGGAUGUUAUCGAAAGAAAGAUGAGGAACAUCAAAAUGAAGACGGUUGUCCAUCUCGACUUGACUUUUGAAGCUUCUUGACCACCAUGAGAUUUGUGCCUGCUUCUUUUUUUUUCCAUAAUGAAGACAGAGAGGAUAGAUGUCCUUCUUGGACAAUCUCCUAGAAAGGAUUAGACACCAGGUCGGUAGCAGAAGGGAUAGAAGAUCUUCUGGACAAAGCUCGUGAGCUUCCAGAAUGUUCUGCGGUUGAUACCUGGAGCCCCCAGAAAGAGGAAACUUAAAGCCAUGAGGACGUCGGAAUCUAGAAGGGCUGAUAUCCUACAUCAUUUUAUGCAAGACGGAGAGAUUAUUUGAGAAGGCUGUAGGAGAGCUGGUCUCUUACAACCAAUUGUCAGUUACCGCUGUGCCAUGUUCUCCCAGUGACCAAUUUCCUAGGGAUAAUGCCAUCCCUGGACAACUUUGACGAUGGCAGUUUGCCAAAAUGCCUCUAAUAUAUAUGCUGCAUAAUCAUUCUGGGUGGAUCACCCAGCCCACCUCUGGAUCUCAAUUGGCUCUUUAACACUGGAGGAGGUGGGAGUAGAGAUCUCUGGCCUCUUAACGGUGCCAAUUCCUUUUUUUUUUUCCCUUAUCGCUCCGCCUUAAUAAGAGAUUGUACCCACCUCGCUUCCAGGGACCGAAGAUUGCAGACAAUCAGAUCCAUUUAAAGAGGGAUCCCUAAGCCCUUCCUGGCUGGGACGUCCCAGUAGCUUCCUUUUCUCCUGAUUAGAAAGUCAAAUGCUUGUUUUACUCUCUAAUCUGUUUCUGUACCUCCUUCUCCCACAAAAUUGUGACUGGACAGAGCAAUGCAGUGUGUGUGUAUGAGAGAGAGAGAGAG